AUGAGUGCCAUUAAGAAGUUCUAUAAGGAGGAGUGUCAACUCCAUAUGAUUGGAUUGGAACAUCAAAAACCAUCGGAUUUCUACCUCAGUGUUUGGCAAACUACAAGAUCAGCGGUACCCUUAUUAAUAUGGAGGACGUUACUGUUCUUAACUGCAUUGGGCAUCAUUAUAACGUCAAUUACAUUCUAUUUAUUGAGUCCCGUUUCAGUGGGCUACUGGUUCAUUUAUUUGACUCAUUGGGGCUUGCUUCUAAUGCUUUUGUCAACCGGUUUCGCAGUGGGGGUUUCAGCACGCUGUUAUUUUUACGGACCAAUAAGCACUGAAUAUUCAUUGCCGUGGUAUGUGAAAACCUACUGGGUGCUUUACAACAUAUCUGUACCAUUGGCGUUUCUCAUUACAGUCUUUUACUGGACUAUAUUGUACGAUGCCAACUUCUUAGAAGAAAUGAACCGUGGCUUGGACAUCGCGAUCCACGGCAUCAACUCGUUGGUGAUGUUUCUCCUGCUGGCCAGCUCGGCCCACUCCACUCGUCUGGUGCACUUGGCGCAUCCGCUAAUAUUAGCUGCUAUCUACGUGAUAUUUGGAGUUAUUUAUUUUGUAGCUGGUGGCACUGAUCCGUAUGGCAACCCAUACGUAUAUCCUGUGGUUGACUGGACUAAGCCUGGAACAGCAUGUCUGGUGAUCUUCAUCACUUUGAUACUUUUAUUCUGCUUACAUUUGGUUACAAUGGGCUUGGCAGCUAUUCGGACAUCCCUAGCCAAUAAAAUCCUGCGACCUUCUGAAACAGUUAAUGCCGAUGAAGAUCUAGCACUAAGAAACAGAGGCGUAUCGAAUGUGUAG